AUGACGACCCACUGUUGUGUUUGCGGCAAAUUCGUAUCAAUGUCUGAGUGUGUAAAGUGUUUUAAAUGCACUCUAAAGGGUCAUCGUUCGUGUAUGUUCAAUAGCAACCCGGAUACGAAAAGUGCAGCGCGCUCGCUUUGCAAAAAUUGCAAAACAAAAACAAACGUAAACAAAAACAUGUCGGCAGCCGGUUCAGAUGGUUCCAGCGGUUCUGUGCAAUCCUCACCUGGUCUUUGUGAUGCGGAAGAGUUAUCCGUCGCUCAAAACAUAACUCAGCUGCGGGAGGAAUUCUCGAACGUCACCCGUGAAAUCUCACUCUUCCGACAAGAAAUGUCGCGGUUAACUGUGUUGUUGAACGAAUUCAAUUCUCGUAUUGAAAGAGUCGAAAACCGUGUCGAUCAACUGGAGAAAACUACCGAGGAAAGAAUUACAUCCCUUGAAAGUUCAGGGCCAACACAUUUAGAAGAAAGUUUACGAGAAAAAAUCACCGAACUUAAGCAGGAACUAAAUGAACGCGACAGAUUAUCCCUCCGUUGCGACAUUGUGCUUAGCGGCAUUCCCGAGGAGGAGGGCGAAAAUGCAAUGCAUUUGGCGACCUCAGUGGCUCACAAAAUUGGUGUGACCCUGGAAGAAAAGGACGUUGUUUUUGCAGAGAGAUUGGGGCUCCGGCGCAAACCUGUCGGGCAAACAUCGCGUCCUAUAAUUCUCCGCUUACUACGUCACUCAACCCGAGACGAAAUACUACAUAGUGCGCGCGUGCGGCGGGAUAUCGACACUACCGGACUGAACUUGAACAGCGACACGCCCCCCAGUAAAAUUUACCUUAAUGAGCGGCUUACGCGCUAUGAUAAACAUUUAUUUUCUCUGGCGAAACAGGCAGCAGUAGAAAGUGGGUGGAAGUAUGUCUGGACACGCGACGGUCGCGUCCUCGCUAGACAAAGUCCAACCGCUCGAGUCCGGCGCAUUAUUUGCGAAAAGGAUAUUCAGUCGGUUUUUGUAUAA